AUGACCAAGUUUAGACUAAGGAGGAGGCUCGAUGGUGGUUGUGCGAUGGUCGACGAUGGAGGAUGGCAAAAGACGAUGAACGAAAACAGUGGUCAAGAAGAUCGUCGACGCUCAUCAGGUUUCACCUUCUUCGAUUCCUUCUUUAUUGAAACUGGGUUAAGUCUUGAAGAAUUAAUAUGGAAAUUCUAUGAAAAAAGUGUUGAUGUUGGACCACCGCUUUCUGUCGAGGUCUCGAACUCUCUUCCUAUGGCUAUGGAGGCCAAUCUGGUUCGUGUUCCCGUCGGUAACGCUAAUCGUCCGUUUUUUCCCUUGUCGUCGGAUGCUGCUGCUCUGGCUGAUUCUCUUCCAUGCGAAGGAGUCGGCCCUCAUCCUCACUCUGAUCGUCGGUCUUCUCCUCUGAUGGUGGACUAG